AUGGCUUCACUCUUGGUGGGUGCUCUACCAUUGACCCCUCAAGCUCUCAACUUUAGCUCUCGCCUUUCCUAUUCUCAAUCCCAAAUCUCUCUUUGUCAUUCAACUUCUUCGCUUUCUCUAUCCACCGCUACCACUUCACUCCCAUUUGUGUACUGUGGAAGAGGAGACAGGAAGACUGCAAGGGGGAAGAGAUUCAAUCACUCAUUUGGAAACGCGAGGCCAAGGGAUAAGAAGAAAGGAAGAGGACCACCAAGAAUACCAGUUCCUUCUUCUCCACCUAAGAUAGAUAAAAUUGGUGAUGAUGAGGUUGUCAAGAUUGAUAUUGAUGAGUCACUUGGUUAA